AUGCAUUUGAGGAGUUUUAUCAUCGCCGCGGUGGUCACGGUGGCGUGCGUGUCGGCUCGUAGCGCACCCAACGCCCAGAACGCCAUACCAGACGAGCGCAGGAGCCAGGACCUCGGCCUGCAGAUGACCGACCUUCGUUUCGUCUACAGGACGUACCAGGAGUGCGCCUCCACGGACAUGUCUGCAUGUCUCAAGCUUAAGCUAAUUACUGCACUGGAUCGUGCUGCUCGCAACGUAGCCGACAUAUCUCUAUACGAUGGAGUCACAUUUGUCAAAAAUCCAACGGCUGAAGUUGCUGCUUCCGUUCCUGCAACAGAAAACGAACUCAAAGCAACCUUGCCCCGCACCAUGGAGGACAGGGAUAACAUGCUAAACGAACUUAUCUUAGAAAAAGUUUUCAACUUCUUCAAGAGCCACACAUUGCAGCUCCAGAUUGUUAAAAGUCUGCAAAAAAGUAUGAAUACGAAAUUAAAUGGUUAA